AUGUACAUGACACCUAUUAAAACAAGCGGGCGAAAUUUAGCUGGAUUAUGGCGCCCUUCUUUUGUGAAAGUAGAACAACGUCUGUAUGUAUUUGGCGGUGGAGGCAAUGUGACGGACGAUCUCCAUUAUCUUGACUUGAAAAACAUGCAUUGGGAAUUAAUUCAGAAUACAACUGGUACACCGCCCUGUAAACGAUACGGACAUACGGCAACACGGUGGAGAGAUUCUAUUAUCAUUUUUGGUGGCUGUAAUGAAUACCAAGAGUAUUGCGGAGAUGUUUUUAUUUUUAACUUGAAAACGUCUUCUUGGUAUCAACCAAACAUUACAGGCACCAUUUCUUCUCGUUAUUUGCACAGUGCUGCUGUUUUUGAAGACAAGCUAUUGAUCUAUGGUGGAUUUGCAAAGAGUUCAGAUUGCACUUAUGUACUGGACGAACUUUGUGUACUUGAUCUAAAUACCAUGACUUGGACAAGGUUUCACGAUAUGCCACCUAGGUACAACCAUUCAGCCACACUCAUAGGCAACAAAAUGUAUAUUUACGCAGGCAAAGACGAACAAGGCAACACAGUCUCUGAUCUAUUUAUGGUCAAUCUUUCCAAGUUACCUUAUACUCCCCAUUUAGUACUUGGUGGCACACAGGAGCAGCAACUUCAGACCCGCAUGGUACUAGUGAAAAGCCAGCACUUUUGUGAUACUGCUUGUGGAAAAUUACUUGUGUUUGGGAGAUACCUGAGUCAGCAUCAUCCCCAUUAUCUAAAACAACAACAGCAACAACAGCAACAACAGCAACAGCAACAACAACAGCAACAACAAAUUCUACUUCAAGAAACCACUUAUAGCUUAUGGAUGUUGGAUCUUGAUACGCUUGAAUGGGAAAAACAAGAAUGUGAUGGUCAUUUUGAAGUAGGUGGUUGGAAUUACUUUACUAUUAUCCAUGAAAAACAUGGUCUCUCUGAAGAAUCGCAAAUCAACAUCAAUAACCUCUUGUUUCUUGGCAACACGGAUCCAUACAGACCUCAAGGCUAUGAUCAUUUUAGGGACGCUUUAGUGAUUCAUGGAGAAUCUCUGGGAUUGUAUGACAUUGCUGAACCAAGAUCGUCUAGUGAAUUUAUCCAACUCCUAAACAGCCCUGAACUAUCUGAUUUUUCCAUCAUUGCAGCGAACGGAGAAGAAAUCUUUGUACACCAAGUUAUCUUGCUAACUCGCUGGCCUCACUUUAAACAUAUCCAUAAAUCUGGCAUGUCAGAAGCAAUCGAGAGAAAGAUGAAGAUUCCUGAACCCGUGGAGGUCAUUAUGGCCUUUCUCAAAUUCUUAUACAGUGAUCGAUUAGAUGAAUCAGAACCUUGGCAAGUCAUAUGUGAUUUGAUGGUGAUGGCCAACAUGUACUUGUUACACCGACUGAAGAAAUUAUGCUGCGAGAGGCUGUUUAGGCAUUAUUUGUCAACUGAAAGUUGCGGGGUAAUCUUUGAAAAGGCUAUUUUAGCUGAAGAAAUUGGACUUAAAUUGCUAGCUCUUGGCUUUAUGUUUAGAAACUAUGGUUUCAUUCUUAAAUCGAAUUUGCUCUUAGAAUUGCCGCCUUCGAUUCGCCAAGAAUUCUUGGAUGCUGUACCUAAAGAAGCCGUGUUGGAAGUCGGUAGAUCAAGACAUGAUUCACGGCACCAUAUGCACACAAGCGCAAGUUCGAGUAGCAUCAGCACACAUCACAGUAAUAGUUUAAUUUAUCUGAACAACUCGACUACUCAGCCCACUAAUACAACAACAACAACAGUUGAUUAUUACAUUGCAACCACAAUACCAAAUGAAUUUCAACGCAGUGCUACUAUGAAUGAAUUAAUACCCAUACAAACCGCUAACAAUACUACAAGCAGCAGCAAUGAUAUGACUGUAGAAGUAUAA